UUUUACCCGAAAACAUGGCAUCUUAUUACAGAUUCCAAUCUGGGUUUUGUCCUCUCUCGCCGUGUCCCUCUCUUAUUGAUAACUUCGUCGAACGGAUCAAAGACGCUUGUCAUUUCCUCGUCUCCGCUGUUCUUGGCACCAUCGUAUCUGUGAUCUUAACCUUCUUCUUCUCCUAGGUGUUUCCUUUUUUGUCAUGUUCAGUGGGCACAUUGUUAGGGGCACUUACAGGAGCUUUGAUAGGCCAAGAAACAGAGAGCGGGUUCAUCAGAGGAGCAGCCAUUGGUGCCAUUUCCGGAGCUGUUUUCUCCAUAGAGGUCUUUGAAUCAUCCCUCGAUCUUUGGAAAUCUGAUGAGUCUUGUUUCGGGUGCCUUCUCUACUUGAUUGAUGUCAUUGUUAGUCUUUUGAGCGGGAGACUCGUAAGGGAGCGCAUAGGUCCUGCAAUGCUAAGCGCAGUGCAAAGUCAAAUGGGAGCUUUGGAUGCAUCCUAUGACGAUCUCUCGAGCCUAUUCGAGACAGGAGGCCCAAAGGGUCUAACAGGAGACCUUGUUGAGAAGAUCCCAAAGUUGACUAUCACUGGCAACAACAACACAGAUGCAUCAGAGAGCAGAGACUCCUGUUCUGUUUGUCUUCAGGAUUUCCAGCUAGGUGAAACAGUAAGAAGCUUGCCUCAUUGUCAUCACAUGUUCCACUUACCUUGCAUAGACAAAUGGCUCCUUAGGCACGGUUCUUGUCCCAUGUGUAGACGUGACCUCUGAUUCUCUCUUCAUCGUCCAUCUCUCAUAAUGCAAUCAAACCGUGCAGCUCAUGUACGUCUACACACAGCACUUAGCACCUAAUCUGGUGCUCCUCUCAACUUUCAUGUAAAGUACAACACUUUUUUUUAUUUUGCUUUGACCAUUACACACUCCUUAAUAUAGGAUACCGUCAUAAUGUAAUGUUUAGUCAGCAGAUGUAUAUAAGAAACGCAAAAAAAAGAAGAGUUUUCUACUUUCUCUUUGUCAAGGCAUAUGAUAGUGUUCAAUUCAAGCCAGAAACUAGAUGGUAUUAUUUUUC